AUGGAAGAUUUCGAUAUGGACGCCGAUGAUGCCAUGGAGCAAGAAAAUGAGAAGUCUCCGAAGAAAAAAACACUUCAACCAUCUGGCAUCGCGCUCGAAGCGCUCGCUGGUUUACUCGAUAGUUAUACACCUGGCGAGAUGAAAAAUUCUCGACGUUCAAUUGCUACAUUGCCUCUUCAACAACAGCAACCAAGUCAUGCGUCAUCGAUUGGUACUCCUGUUCGUCCGAAGAACACUCCUCAGGUUAGCACACCAAAUGUUGUGGCAUUUCAAGCCCGAUUAAACAAGGCUGAAAUUGUCAUUGAGCAUAUUGGAAGUGCGACAAAAGGCAAAGAUUCAACUGAAAGGAAAACCUCACCUUCUAUUCAAUUGAGGUCCUUGUUAAAACCGUAUAAAUACAUGUAUCAAACAAUUUAUAAACGAGCUGAUGUUUUGAAUAAGCAAUUAGAAGAAUUCGAGGAUCUAUUUUUAACAAUGCUAAAUAGUAAAGAAAACGAUAAAGCAAAUGCUGUUCUUUAUCCAAUUGGAAAUGCUGUUCAAGACGAAGUUCCACUUGUCGGUCGAGUGGUUUGUGAUUCCGCUGGUCAGUUAAAUGCACAAUCGAUCACGCUCGAAGGUUCAUCUCGAACAUCGAAAUGUAAUCGUGUUCGACUAGAUGUUUCAUCUUUAUCCAGUUAUUCAUUAUUUCCUGGUCAAAUUGUCAUGGUUUCAGGUAUUUACACAAACGACGGAUGUUUUCAUGCGAAACAACUGACUACACCACCUCCGAUUCCACCUCCGACUGAAACGAAAAUAGCCAAUGAUUUGAACUUUAUGGUGGCAGCUGGCCCUUUUCUUCUGGCAAAUGGGAAUUUGAGCGCUCUGGAAGAACUUCUUCGACGAGCAGAGGAAGAUCCAUCAGUACAAACCUUAGUUUUGCUUGGCCCAUUCGUUGAUGAACGAUCGUCUUAUGUGCAAAAGCUACAGGAUAAAACUUAUGAACAAGUUUUCAAUGAAAUCGUUGAGAAAAUCAAAAGUUAUCAAAUCAAAACAAUUCUCAUUCCUUCCGUACGUGAUAUUCAUCAUGAUUCAAUCUAUCCAACUUGUCCAUUUUCAAUUAACGAACCUAAGGAUUCGACUAUUCUAUAUGGUAGUGAACCAUCACUCCUAACAAUCGAUGGUCUUCAAUGCGCAGUGACGUCGACAGAUAUUCUCUGUCAUUUAAGCUCAGAAGAAAUUAGUUCAAAUCAAACAACUGAUCGUAUGUGUCGAUUGAUCCGUCAUUUAUUCCAACAGCAUUCAUUCUAUCCAUUGAUUCCACCCAAUGAGUCAGUUUCCAUCGAAUACGAACAAGCAUUCGAACAUGCGAAACUCACUUCUCUCCCACAUCUCUUUAUCACUUCAUCUGAUCUUCGUCCUUUCAUCAAAUUCAUUGAUUCAGUUUGUGCAAUCAAUCUUGGUCGUUUAGUCAAAAACCAAGAUUCCACCAUGAUCAACAACGCAAGCGGAACCUAUGCAAAGAUUCAUCUCAGUAAAACAACUGAUGAUAUCAGUACUGGUACUAUUCUGAAUGAUCAUUUACAUAUCCAAAUUCUUCGAUUGUAA